UCUUUCAUUUCCUUGCCGUUUGUGACUUCGCCGUUGCCCAUUUUAAUUGUAAAUCGUUCGUUUCUAGCGACUAUUCGCAUUUACAUCCUCGUUUAUCUAAUUAAUCGUUUAGUUUUUUUACACCAUGGCUCCCAAAAAGCCAGGUUCUAAUAAAAAAGUUGGCAAGAAAGCUAAAAUCGCCCCGGCUCCAUUGGUUGCUGAAAAGCCUAAGAAAGUAGUCAAACAGAAAGUUGUAAAUCCGCUAUUUGAAAAAAGACCGAGGAAUUUUGGAAUUGGCCAAGACAUUCAACCAAAGCGAGAUUUGAGUCGUUUUGUAAGAUGGCCCAAUUAUAUUCGUAUUCAACGUCAAAAGGCUGUCCUUCAGAGAAGGCUCAAAAUUCCCCCACCAAUCAACCAGUUUUCUUUUGCUGCUGACAAAGCAACAGUGACACAGCUUUUCAAGCUCAUGGAAAAAUACAGACCUGAAACUGCAGCUAUGAAAAAGAGGCGAUUGCAGAAAAGAGCUGAGGACAAAGUGGAAACCAAGGAAGAUCAGCCAACCAAACGUCCAUGCGUUAUCCGUCAAGGAAUUAACACUGUUGUAAACCUUGUUGAGCAGAAGAAAGCGCAAUUAGUCGUUAUUGCGCAUGAUGUUGAUCCUUUGGAGUUGGUGAUAUAUUUACCUGCAUUGUGCCGUAAAAUGGGUGUACCAUACUGCAUUAUCAAAGGAAAGUGGAGGUUAGGAAACCUUGUACGUCGUAAGAAUUGCACAGCCUUAGCUAUUACACAAGUUGACAGUGGAGAUCGUGCUACUCUAGCAAAAUUGGUUGAAUCAAUUAAGAACAACUUUAAUGAACGGUUUGAUGAAUUUAAACGUCAUUGGGGUGGUGGUGUUUUGGGUGCCAAGUCUGCGUGCCGUCUCGCCAAAAUUGAAAAAGCUAAGGAAAAGGAAUUGGCACAGAAACAAUAAGGAUUAUGUUAAUUAUGACAUUUUUCUUAAUAAAACAUCAAAAACCUAAA